AUGACAAAUAUAAUAUCAGCAGGUAUUCAUGCCGUUGAUCGGCCACGUUUAUGUCGUUCGGAUCAUCAACCGAAUCUCCUUGAAUAUAUUGAUACAACAUUAAAUGAAUCAUUUUCAUUAAAUGUAGCUUUAACACAAACUAUAUCGAAUGGAUAUGAUCAUUUUGGUAAUACAAUUCUUGAUCAAUAUUUACUUUAUUUAUUAUGUCAAAAAAUUCAUCCAAAUAGAUCUGAUCAUUUAACAUAUGAUUUAUAUCAAUUAUUACAUCAAUUAGUAGUUUUAAAUGGAAAAAUUUCGAAAAGUUUUUUUGAAUAUUCACCUCCAAAUAAUAAUCGUGCAAUUUAUCAUACUAUUUUUAAUAGUUAUGCUAAUUUUAUUUGGAAUGAAUUUAAUGUUAAUGUUUUACUUGAACUUGGUUGUUUCCUGCUCAAAUAUCGUUUACGUGAUAAAUUUACUGUUAAUAUUGUAAAUACUAAAACAUAUAAUAAUAAUUUAAUUCGACAAAAAAUGGUUGGUUAUUUUCUUGAAAUAAUUGUAAUAUAUUAUCUCUCAUCUCAUCAUCAUGAUUAUUUUAUACAUUCACGUUCAAUUGAUAUGAUAUUUCCUUCUCCAGCACUUUAUCCCGCAUUAUCCGACAUUAAUCAGUUUACUAAAAAUAAUGAACAAGAAACAUUUCGUAAAUUUCUUCAUGCACUUCAUAUUAACGGUGAAAUUUAUUUUGAUAUAAGUCAAAUAAAACAUCUUUUACAAACUGAUGCAUAUCAAUUUAUCAAUAAAAAAUUAGAAAAUAAAAAAAUUGAUUUUAUUAAUUUCUUUGAACGAAAUAUAACUUAUCAACAAAAAAAUUCUUGUCGAUCAUUAAAAUCUAUUUGUCGUGUAUGUAUUAAAAUGCAUAUUAAACAAUAUCCAAAUGAUAUUAAACAAUUACCAUUAUUUCCAUCAAUUAAUGAACGACUUCAAGAUUUUUUAACCUAUGAAAACAAAUUUACUUUCCAAUCAUAUGUGUGA